CAGAUUGACCUUCAUCGAAUUCCAAACGUAUGCCUAGGCACCGCCGGUCAUCGGCAGAAGACGAUGAUUUUCUUCCCUCAUAUGUACAAGCCAGAAGGCAUUCCUCGCGUCAGCAAAGAGGAAAUGGCUCUCCUAUAUGACUCCUGCAUCAGGCCAACGGUUGUAGCUGUUGAGCCAAAGUCCAUCGCUCAUUGGCCCGUUAAUUAUGAAGCAUGUCUAAUGUCCAUGCGGGAUAUGCGAAAACAGUUCCACUUCACGACCCGGGACAUACCUCACCGCAAGUUGCACGACUUUGCAACAACUCUCCACACCAACUUGAACAACCACCCGGUCUUCCGCGACAGCUUCUUCGUGCACGAACUACGAGGAAUCAAGGGGAGAACCAUGCACAGCGCAGCCAACCCACAAGACUGUGACGACGCUUUCGACGAUGCCUUCGCAACAUUCGAGACGGGCCAGAUGCUUCAAAUCCCCAUGUCCCAGUGGUACAUUGAUGUUGGAGUGGAGAUCCAUGCACCGGGCCUAGCGCUGCAAUGGCGUACUGACAGUCAUCAAAAGGUACUGGAGUAUGCUCUGCCAACCCCAUCAGUGGAGGAAAUUUCGCAGACCAUCGAGGGAAGACAUUUCAAGAAGGAUGUCUGUUCUCUGCUCUAUGACCUGUCCGGAUUCCGCGUCGAGGUACCCACACUUGGUGCCGACGACCAUGUAAAAUAUGUCAACGUUUACACAACAGACAAGUGUGCGACAUAUCAGAUUCAUCCAGGCCAAUUUCGCCGACACAGAGCCCAGGACCUUCUACCCCACCGCUUGAAGUCAUUCUUAUCAGAUGUUGAGUCACUUGGUGUACUCUACGACACCUGCGCUGGUCAUGAAGCCGAAGUCAAACAAGAGGGCUCCGCAAGACUGGAGCUUCGGGCAGCAGUUUUUCCAGGUUCCCCAACAUCUCACAUGUUGAGAGACGUUACCCAAGAGCUGAUCGAGUCUUCAAUUGUUGGAUUUGACCCUAUUGAUUGGUGGUAA